AUGGAGCUCGUCCGCUCGUGGCUCGGCGUUCCCGCGGACGGCGCGGUGGAGACCCUCAGCGUGAUGUGCGCGCACUGCAACGCGAAGCUCACGCCUACGCAGCUGGACUACGACUGCGUCCGCGCGCGGCUCCCGGACGAGCUUAAUCGCGCGUUCGCGCCGUUGGAGCGCGACGACGCGACGAACGCGUUUUUGAUGCGUAGCAGCCGUCGCCCGUACGUCGUGAACUGGGGCGCGUCCGUCGCGUGCUCGUACCUGCGGAAGCGCAUGUCGCUGACGGACGCGAACGCGAUCUUGGGGAGGGGGAAGAUGCACGUGCUCUCGCGCGCGCACGUGGAGGAUCUGCUGGGGAGGAAGAGGGCGUCGAACGGCGGCGGCGGCGGGGACGCCGGAUGCGGCGGCGGCGGCGGCGGCGGCGGCGUGCUUCUCGACGUCGGCGCCGGCGAGGGCGAGGUCACCGAAAAACUGCGCGACGGCGGCUGCUUCGACGCCGUCGUCGCGACGGAGGUGUCGCCGCCGAUGGUGAAACGCCUGAAAGACAAGCGUUUCGAUUGCGUCAUCGGCGCCGCGGACGUCUCCGGCGUGUUCGACGCCGCUCGAAACGAAAACGUGAAACGGCUCUCCCCCGACGGUUUCGACGCGAUCGCGCUCCUCAACGUCCUCGACCGCUGCGACACGCCGUUCACCUUGCUCUCGCAGCUGCGCGGGAUGUUACGCCCGGGCGUCGGGCGGUUACUCCUCGCGGUCGUGAUUCCGUUCCGGCCGUUCGUCGAGGACGGCAACUCGAACCGGCCGCCGAGAGAGCGACUGCCGCUGCCGUCCGACGGCGGCUGGGAGGACGGCGUGAGCAAGCUGUGGAGCCUGGUGUUGAAACCCGCGGGGUUUAAGAUCGAGAGGCUGGCGAGGGUGCCGUACAUCAGCGAGGGGGAUCAGAAGCACGGCGCGUACGUGUUAGACGACGCGAUAUUCGUGCUCUCCCCGGCGAGCGGCGACGACGACGACGCGAGUUGAGCCGUCGCGGGGUGCGACAUACGACUAUCACACCUACUAGUACUUUAAAUAGCACGCGUUCGACUAGUACGGAAGCACAUCACGGCGAUGCGGCGCCCGUCGCUCGGUCACCGCGCGAAGAGGUUCAUGUUGUCCAGGCCGUACUUGUCGAGGAACGACGCGUUGCCGCGCGGUUUCGAUCGUCGACCGCCGCCGCCGCCGCGACGCGCUCUGAGUUCGUCUCUGAUCUUCUCGCGCUGCGCCUCCCUCGCGCCGUCGUCGUCGUCGUCGUCGUCGUCUACGGUCACGGCGCGCAUCUUCGCGGUCGUCUCGGCGACGGUGGGCUCCGCCUUCGAGCUCCAUCUUCGCGCGGGCGCCGCCGGCGGCGGCGGCGCUGCCUCCGCCGCCGCCUUCGGAGACGACGACGCCACCGACAUCGCCGCCAUCUUCGCCGCGACGUCG